AUGCCCAGUCUUGGUGCUAUACGCAUGACCGACGCCGUUACUUCAUCACUUAAAGUUUCCGCCCCUGUCACAUCAACAUCUCCCAGCUCUCGUAGCAGCAAUCUCAAUCAAAAGAUCAGAGUUUGUGUCAGGAAGCGUCCCCUUAGUACCAAGGAGAUUAAUCGUAAUGAGAAGGAUAUCACUCAAGUGACUGGCGAUCGCAAUAUUCAAAUCAACGAACCAAAGACAAAACUGGACCUGACAAAAUUCGUGGAGCAACAUUCUUUUGUGUUCGAUGAAGUUUUUGACGAAUAUACACGAAAUGAAGUUCUGUAUGAGCGAACGGCAUUACCCUUGGUCAAUUACAUUUUUGCUGGCGGCAAGGCGACUUGUUUUGCAUACGGCCAAACUGGUUCAGGCAAAACGUUUACCAUGCUAGACCCUCGCAGAGGCUUGUAUGUGCUCGCUGCUCGUGAUAUAUUUGACAUGCUGCAGCAACCUCAAUAUGAACAUCUGUUUGCUUCCAUUGGAUUUUACGAAAUUUAUCAAGGUCAGCUCUAUGACCUUCUAAAUGAGAGGAAGCGAUUACAUGCACGAGAAGACGGCAACAAUAAUGUAGUCAUUGCCGGAUUGCAUGAGUACGCCAUUAGCAAUGUGGACAGCUUGAUGCAAGUAUUUGACCUCGGAAGUCAAGUCCGUAGUACAGGUGCAACUGGAGCAAAUGACAGUUCCUCACGGUCUCAUGCUGUGCUUCAAAUCCUUCUCAAGCCCAAAAAAAGUCGCAAGACCAUCUUUGGUAAGCUCAGCUUCAUCGAUUUGGCGGGCAGCGAGAGGGGUGCUGAUCGAGGUGAAACGGAUGUGAAGACCAGAAUGGAAGGAGCUGAAAUCAACAAGAGUUUGCUGGCACUGAAAGAAUGCAUUCGAGCAUUGGACCAAGACAAAAAACAUACGCCUUUUCGACAAAGCAAGCUUACCCAAGUUCUAAAAGAUUCAUUUGUGGGGAAGUCAAGAACUUGCAUGAUCGCAACAAUCUCUCCAGGAAAUACAAACAGCGAGCAUACACUGAAUACUCUUCGCUAUGCUGAUAGGUAA